AUGCCCAGAGCGCUCGCAGGGCUUCCACUAACCAUGCCACGGCCGCCGGCAGCUGCCCUGGCGCUGCCCUCGCUACUGCUACUGCUGGUGGUGCGGACGCCGCCCCCGACAGGCGCGCGACCGUCCCCACGCCCCGAUUACCUGCGGCGCGGCUGGCUGCGGCUGCUGGCGGAGGGCGAGGGCUGCGCUCCCUGCCGGCCAGAAGAGUGCGCCGCGCCACGGGGCUGCCUGGCCGGCCGGGUGCGCGACGCGUGCGGCUGCUGCUGGGAAUGCGCCAACCUCGAGGGCCAGCUCUGCGACCUGGACCCCAGCGCCCACUUCUACGGGCUCUGCGGCGAGCAGCUUGAGUGCCGGUUGGACGCAGGCGGCGACCUGAGCCGCGGGGAGGUGCCGGAGCCGCUGUGCGCCUGCCGCUCGCAGCGCCCGCUCUGCGGAUCCGACGGCCGCACCUACGCUCAGAUCUGCCGGCUGCAGGAGGCGGCCCGCGCUCGGCCCGACGCUAACCUCACUGUGGCGCACCCGGGGCCCUGCGAAUCGGAGCCCCAGAUCGUGUUGCACCCAUAUGACAUUUGGAACGUGACGGGACAGGAUGUGAUCUUUGGCUGUGAGGUGUUUGCCUACCCCAUGGCAUCCAUCGAGUGGAGGAAGGACGGCUUGGACAUUCAGCUGCCAGGGGAUGAUCCCCACAUCUCAGUGCAGUUCAGGGGUGGACCCCAGAGGUUUGAAGUGACAGGCUGGCUGCAGAUCCAAGCUGUGCGUCCCAGCGAUGAGGGUAUCUACCGCUGCCUGGCCCGCAAUGCUCUCGGCCAGGUUGAGGCCCCAGCUAGCCUGACGGUGCUCACGCCGGACCAGCUGAACUCUACAGGCAUCCCCCAGCUGCCAUCCCUACAUCUGGUUCCUGAGGAGGAGGCUGAGAGUGAAGAGGGCGAGGAUUACUACUAG